CACCAGCGAGUCAAGAUUGGAUCAAGAUGCAAAGUCAAAAUUGUCAUUAGGCGCGGGGGACUCUCUUUCCCCCCCUAUGAGCAAAAGUGCCACAUAACCCCCAAUAACCAGGGCUGGCUCUCUCAUCCUUCCUUACCUUGAACACUUCUUCCAUUGGUUCAGCGCAUCGUCGUCAUCAAUAUGGACAGUCUGGCUCUAAUUGAAGAUGGCGAUGUUGCACUGUCCAUGCAAAGGAGCAAGUUUGCAUGUCUAACGUGUCGGGUGAGAAAGGUCCGAUGCGAUGAGCUUCGUCCAGAGUGCGGGAGCUGUGUCAGUGGGAAGAGAGAAUGUAUCUGGCAGGAUGACGAUUCAACUCGACCUCUCAUGGCCAAGAGCAGGGGUUCGAAAGCGUGUGAGAGUUGUCGAGUGAAAAAGCUACGAUGCUCUGGACCGCAAGCGGAUGGAACAUGCGAGCGAUGCAAAACCACACGGACGGAAUGUACGUGGCUCGAAAGGAAGAGACCGCGUCGGCGAUCAGGUCGAAGUGGAUCACCUCCACGUCGAAUAUCAUACCAACCGCAAUCUGAUGCCUAUACUUCUGGCCACCAAACGGGGGAAAUGGGCGCUAGACAAGCAGCGGGCUCAGGCGUGAUGAUGUCGUCUGAGACUCAGGAUGGCACGGAUUACGUCUCAAUGGCGUUUGAUACCCUUGCCAACACCUGGCCUGGAGUGAAUGGGUUCGACCCUUCUCAAGGUGUCACUGGCGAUCCGUCGACAUUGGGAGCUUUGGAUAUCGGAGAGGAUGAAAAAUUGGACUUGAUCAAUCUUUACUUUGCUGCUGUCCAUACCUUGGAAUACCUCUGUUUUAUCCCCUCACACCAAUUCAUGGAUAUGUAUAAUGCCGGCACUGUCCCUCAAGAGCUCUUAAUGCUCAUGCUCGCGAACGCCCUCAGAUUCGGAUCAGUUCCUUCACCAGAUGAUCUAGCUCGCGCAGACGCUUGGGCGGACGAAGCGAGUCGGUACUUAUUACUAAAGGUCCACCGGCUUUUCAGUCCAAUCGACUUGAUGGCACUUCUAUUGGCCUGUCACUACGACUACGCUCGCGGAAACUUUGCUUCUGCCCUUUUGCUGUCCUCUAUCCCUCUGGCGUCAUCUCCAAAACCUACUCAAUCCUCACUGACGAAUCUCUGCGGCGUGCAGCCUGGGCGACCUUCUUCCUCGAUACAUGCCUCACAACUCAACAUGGCGCAAAUUCAUCCAUCAUGAACGACAUAGGGGGCCUGCAACUUCCGACCGAUGAGCAGAGCUUCUUGACCGGCGUGCAUUCCUCUACUGGCUAUCUCGUGUCGGACGGAGAGUCCGACACUCAACACC